CGGAGGCGGCAGCAGCGGCGGUGGUGGUAGCAGCAGCAGCGGGGCGAGGGGUCCCAGUUCGCCCCCGCCCACCCGGGGGCCGAGGCUAAGGGGCGGUGUCCCGCGCGGCACAGGUGCAGCGGAGCUGGUGGGUGUAGCGCGAGGCGCGGAGCGGAGCGCCGUGCUCUGCCCCGUAGCCCUUCUCUUGGCGGCGCCCGGCGGGGGAUGUGCCGGCCUCCGGGGGCGCGCCGCCCGUGGGAAGCGCGCUGCUAACGCCACCUGGGCGCCGUGGGAGCGCCCGAGGAGGAGAGGAGCGAAGCAAAGCGGGUGGUGAGGAGUCGCCGGGAUCGAGGCAGAUCUUGAUCGUUAUGGCAAAAUCUUUCAGCGGUGUGUGGUAUAUCCAGCUACAGGCCGGAUGAUCUACAGUCAUCUGAAACAUGAUAUAUACAUUUCCUCUUCCUUGUUCAUGCUUACAUACUGACACACUACCAGUUAUGUUUCCAAAAGAGGAGUUCACAGAAAUACACAGUGCCUGAUCCUACUAGCCACUUUGAUGUUCCUCCCUGGACCAUGUAGACUAUGUCAGAGAGCCACAAUGAUCAUGCACAAUAGCAGUUCGGCCUUGCCCCUGUUUUCAAAUGUGAGCUCCUUCUGGAAGAGAGAUUCCCAUGGACCAGGACUACUUGAUGAAGGAGCAUCGCUUAUUGGCAGCUAUGAUUUUCCUCAGACCACAGAGAGCUUUCCCUUCUCCACUGUGGAAUCAACAAACACAUCCCUAAAUGCCACAAUCAAAGACCCUCUGGGUGGACACACUGUCUGGCAAGUAGUUUUGAUUGCUUUCCUCACUGGGAUCGUUGCACUAGUGACCAUCAUAGGAAACAUCCUAGUGAUUGUCUCAUUUAAGGUUAACAAACAACUGAAAACAGUCAACAACUACUUCUUGUUGAGUCUUGCUUGUGCAGAUUUGAUCAUCGGUGUUAUUUCCAUGAAUCUUUUCACCACAUACAUUAUUAUGGGCCACUGGGCUUUGGGAAACUUGGCCUGUGAUCUUUGGCUCUCCAUUGACUAUGUUGCCUCUAAUGCCUCUGUCAUGAAUCUCCUUGUCAUAAGUUUUGACAGGUAUUUUUCCAUCACUAGGCCGCUUACAUACAGAGCCAAACGAACAACUAAAAGGGCUGGCGUAAUGAUUGGUUUAGCAUGGGUCAUCUCUUUUGUUCUUUGGGCCCCUGCCAUCUUGUUCUGGCAGUAUUUCGUUGGGAAGAGGACUGUGCCUCCUGAUGAAUGUUUCAUCCAGUUUCUAAGUGAACCUAUCAUCACUUUUGGCACUGCCAUAGCUGCCUUUUAUUUGCCAGUCACUAUUAUGAGUAUUUUGUAUUGGAGGAUUUACAAGGAGACUGAGAAACGCACCAAAGAGUUAGCGGGACUACAGGCUUCAGGCAGUGAGGCAGAGACAGCACGCUUUGUACACCAGACUGGCAGCUCCCGGAGCUGCAGCAGCUAUAAGCUGCAACGGCAGAGCACAAAGCGCUCCAGUCGUAAGAAGUACAGGCGCUGCCACUUCUGGCUCACAAUGAAGAGCUGGGAACCCAACACAGACCAGGGGGAUCAAGAGCACAGCAGCAGUGACAGCUGGAACAACAAUGAUGCUGCUGCCUCCCUUGAAAAUUCAGCCUCAUCUGAUGAAGAGGACAUCACAGCAGAGACCAGAGCUAUCUAUUCAAUCGUGCUGAAGCUUCCUGGUCACAGUGCCAUCCUCAAUUCCACAAAGUUGCCCUCCUCGGAAGAUCUGAAUGAGUCAGCAGAUGAACUGCAGAAAUCCGACACGGACUCACAGGAAAAGAAACCUAAAAAACUGCAACCUCCCAGAAGUAUUCAGGAUGGUGGAAGUUUCCAGAAGAGUUUUUCAAAGCUUCCAAUUCAGCCAGGGUCAGCAGAGACAGCUACAGCUUCUGAUGGCAUCUCAUCAAUGACCAAGACAUCUGCAGCCCUGCCUUUGUCCUUCAAGGAAGCAACUCUGGCAAAAAAAUUUGCUUUGAAGACCAGAAGUCAAAUCACGAAGCGAAAACGAAUGUCACUUAUCAAAGAAAAGAAAGCAGCACAGACACUCAGUGCCAUUUUGUUUGCCUUUAUCAUUACCUGGACUCCUUAUAACAUCAUGGUUCUGGUGAACACCUUUUGCAACUGUGUCCCCAAAACUGUGUGGAACCUGGGGUACUGGCUUUGCUACAUCAACAGCACAGUGAACCCGGUGUGCUAUGCACUGUGUAACAAAAUGUUCAGAAAUACUUUCAAGAUGUUACUGCUGUGCCAGUGUGACAAACGAAAAAGACGCAAACAGCAGUAUCAGCAAAGGCAGUCUGUCAUUUUUCAUAAGCGGAUCCCUAGGGAGGCUUCAUAGAAUAGUAUUUUUUAAACAACUGAAAAAAUAAUGGAGAAUGGGAUGGGACAGGAUUAGAUAGGUUUGGAAGGGAUGGGGUAGGAUAGGAUGGGAUGAGAUUGGGAGGGGCUGGAAUGGGACAGGACGGGAUGGGGUGGGAGGGUGGUUCCAGGGUGCUGAUUCAAACAUUUAAACAUCAGGACAUGAAAGCAGCUGCCGGGCAUAUGUAUCCUUUUAAUAAAUCUGGUUUAAUAUAAAAAUGAAGUCUGCAUUCAGCAAAAACUAACAAACUUCAACGUUUUUACUAAAGAAUGAAAGACUUAAUAAAGUUUUCGUACAAAUUUGAAAGAAGCUGUAUAGCAAUUGUAAACCCGUUACUGAUCUGCCCAGCUCUUUGAUUGUAAUCAACUCUGGGAUCUCAGGUAAGCACAUCUAGCUAGCCCAACUCUUCUGAUUCCAAGGAAUCCAACAGUUUUCAAUUCAAGUCACUUGCAGAUGUAGCAAGCCAGCAAAACAGGAUUAUGAAAUUAUUUGAGACACUGUAUAGGUUGCAAAAUUGCUUCUUGUUGUCAAGGUAGAGCUUCCUGUCUACUUCUCUUUUGGUGUAUUAUUAUUAAUUGUACCCCUGAUUCCUGGUCGCCAAGUGUGCAGCUCAUGUGUGCAGCUCAUGUUAUAUAUAUAUGUGUGUGUGUGAGUGUGUAUGUAUGCAAAAAAUACAUUCACAUCUCUAAAAUACACACAUACCAGGAAGAAGGUAAUCUAUUGGUCUAGUUUUUUCAGGGCCCCACAUCACUCUUGCAUGUGAGUGAAAUUAAAAUAUAUAUAUUAGAAAAUUGUAUUAUAAAUAUUUAUCUCAUUGUUCACCACCUGAAAUUCAGGUUUGUCUCUCCAGCCGAAACAAAUGGAGAGAACAAAAGCGUUGCCUGUGAGCCUGUCUACAGAGUUUUAUAAUGGGGCGUAUGCCCAGUGUAACCUUUGCUGUGAGCACGGUAUCUCUCCCCGCAUGAGAUUACAUCUCUUUAAAGAAUAUGAAGGUGAAAGGAAUUGAUGGUCACAUGCCGGGCAGAGCACGUGUUUAUCUUUGUAGAGUGUGGAAUGGUGAGAGCUCACAUCUGAGCUAUCAGUGCUCAAAGGCUCAGUGGUCAGAUGGGUGCAGACAUGAUCAGCAGGCCCAUUUCAUGCUCAACCCAGGUGAUCUUCAGAUGUGAAAGCUGUGUGUAAAAGAAAUAAUUUGUUUUUGCAUGUGAAGGACACUCAUUUUAAAGUGUUUCUUUUCCAGAAUCUCUUUUAAGUAUACCUAAUUCUGUUUAUUGCCAUGUUACUUGGUGUUUCAGAAAAUGUGGAUAUUGCCAUUUGGUAAUUUUUAAUAAAGAAAAUUUUUAAAGGGCUUUCAUAUUUCUAGCUUAGACAUGACCAGUAUUUCCUGGCAUUUGUGAUGUGGUCUGCACUGAACAGUGUGAUUUAUAGAAGUCAGAGGUCCCCCAGGGAAAGGAUUGUACUUUAAACUGUUCUAAAUCUGAUUUAUUUACAUGUUGAAAGAUAAUUUUGUAUUGUCUUUGAACUGACCAAAACUUUUUUUAUUGCUUACACUUUUUUUUUUUUUUUUUUUUCUGAAAAUAAAACAAAUUUAUUUUAUAAAGGGGCAUCAGUGUUGUGAACACAGAACUGAUGUAAAAGCUGCUUUUGUAUUCAGUGUGAGAUGGUGUUUACAGAUGAUUUUGACAACAGUGGAAAUAUAUUAAAUGGUGUCUGUGUAUCUGAACUAUUUAAUUUUGUGUUAUGUUCAUAUGAAGAAAUAUUUAUACAUACUUCACCAAAUGUUUUAUUUAAUGUUGAUAAAUAUUGCUCUUCAGUCUUCAGCUGUAAUGUCCUUUUAAAGUGAUUCAUAAAGGUCUGCUUGAGAAAUGAAUAGAGUAUACCUAGCUUUCUUGUCACUAAAACAAAUACUCUUGACAUACAAAUCUUUCUUUUGUAUGAAUUGUUUAAAAUGUCUACCUAAAAGUAAGCUUGUAAAUUACAUUGUAAGUUUACUUCAAGUGCAAGUUUAGUUAAAAAAAAAACAAAAAAGUUAAAGCUUCAGCUAUAUGUCACGAGUGCAUUUUGAGAUAAAGAUGCCCAGGAUUGGUUUAUGAGUUUAGUAGACAUAUAGAACUUGCAAGGCACCCACCUUACAAAGAAAAUUAAAUAUAUUUGUUUAUAGAAAGAAGCAUAUAUUUGAAAUAUAUUCAUUACUCAAGUUGACCUAACGAAUGUUUUAACAUUUAAGUAUAUAUCUAUAUCUAUAUCUUGCCAUAUUAUUAUCUUCUGAUAUUUAGAGUAGUGCUGUGCCCCUAACACACAAAAUGAGAGAGAGCAUGUAAGGAAGCCAGAGUUCAUCAGGGGGAUUUAUGGUAUAUUAGUAUUGAUUUUACAAUGGGAAACUUAUAUUUUAAUGAAGUUAAGCUUCUUUGAAAGCAGCUGUCACCACUGUUUACAGAAUAGGAAGAGCUAAACCCUCAGAUUGUUUUAAGGUAGAAAUAAACAACCUGUAUUUUGAUGUGUGAACAGGCUUUAAAAUGUUACUACAGGCAUUAUAAAUUGUGUACGUAUACACGUUGUAGCACAGAUCAAUUUUGUUAUUUAUUUAACGGAAUAUGCACUAUAAAAUAUUAAGAAUUUGUCUGUGUUGCAAGUACAGAGGGGAUCAAAUUAAGUUGUAUCCUUUAUGUAUAUGUGUUUGCAUUAAAACCAUGCACACACACAAAUUGUAA